AUGUCUAGCUCAGAGAAGGAGGUAAAGGACGCGUCUUCGAACGGCCAUGCACCACCUCCACCACAGCGGCGGUCAAUAUGGGACAAGCUCCCCCCGUGGGUCUCCACGAACCUGCGCUCGAAGAAGUCGUGGAAGGUCUUUCUGAGGUGUUGGGUUGCAUCAUGGGUCAGCUUCGUGAUCAUGCUGCCCGACAAGUCGUUGCAGCAGCUUGGCAAUACUGCGUUCUUCGCGGUGCUCUUGAGCAUCAUGCUGCCUCCGAACAUGCCAGUCCAGAUAUUCAUCAUUGCCAUCGGGACACUCGUCCUUGGGUUAGCGCUUGGUUGGGCCAUCUCCUGUGCAGCAAUGGCGGCAGCCCUUGCUGCUCGUGAUCAGACCCUCUUGAAGCACACACUACAGAAAGAGGCCCAGAGUUCUGCCGGCCUUGCGAACCCUGAUGCAUUAUUCCAGACCGCGAUCUUUAGGGGUGAUUUCUUGGACACAAACUCCACAGUUGUUUUUGGCGUAUUCCUUGGCGUUGGCACUUUUUUCUUGGCACUCAUCCGAGCAUAUGCUCCAAAGCUCACUCUCAUGAGUGUCUUCGGCACCAUUGCAAUCGACAUAUUCUGCAGUUACGGCCCGCUGUUCCCAUUCUCGGAAUAUACCCUCCUGAACUCGUUGCUGACUUCAGUGGGCUGCUACGUCGGCAUUGCGCUCAUUUUUGUCAUCUUCGUAUUCCCGGAGACCCUUAGCCACUCAUACCUGGAUUCCUCCGCCGGACUACUGCAAAAGUUCAAGGGUCUACUCGCGUUGCAGGACGAUGUCCUUCGGGCAGACACCCGCGAUGUCCUUCCGGGGACUCCUCUUGCGGGGAAGGUUAAUGGGGCGCGUAUAGGGAUGAUUAUGCAGCUUCAGCAACUCAUGGCUCAGAAGCAAAUGCUUAAUCUGGAGUUCAGCUGGGGCAGAUGGAGCGCCGGAGACGUUCAGGGCAUGCUCGGGCCUAUGCAGACCCUCAUGGCCCGGCUCGUCGCCCUCGCCAACUUCAGCAAGCUCAUGGCGCACCCCAUGUCCCUAACAUACACCGCGAGCGACUCGGAGGACUCGGACUCCGUCGCAGAUUCGAGCUCGACAGCGAGCAGCACCGUCGUCGGCGACACGUACCUCCUGCGCCAGUUCCGCGAACGCAACUUCGCUGCGGAAACGCAGCACCACGUCCGGCUCGUCGACGUGCUCCCGAACAUCCGCGAGGCGACCGCCGAGCUGCGCGCCGCCGGCAUCGCAAUGCUCGACACCCUCCAGCGGCUCAUCGUCUCCGUCAACACGAAGCGCUGGAAGCGCGGCCACGCCGAGCAGGACGCGCUCGUAGUCGAGCUCGACAAGGCACUCUCUACGCUCCGCUCGGCCAUGGACAACUUCCAGACCGACCGGCGCAUGAUCCUCCUUCAGCCGUUCCGGCCCCUGUUCGAGGCCGCGGACGCGGGGGAGAUGAAGAGCGUCCCCCUGCGCUCACUGCACAUCGCGUUCGUCUUCACGUCGAACCUCGUCUCUACGACCAAUGGUAUCAUCACGCUCGCGGAGUACGUCGUCGCGACGGCCGCCAAGCGGCCGAAGGCGAGGCUGUGGAUGCCGGCAGGGUUGAGCGCGUUUGGCAAGGUGCUCAAGACGAGGAGGGGCUCAGGUGAGGACGCGGUCGGCGAAGACGCAGCUCCACAGGAGGAGCUUUCCGGGAAGGAUAACAAGACGUAUAAGCGGGAUCCGGAUAGCAGGCCGCCGGAGAACGCCCUACAGAGGGUGGCGAAUGUCUUCCACAAGCUUUACAAGUGGACGAAGACUCCCGAGGCUUUGUUCACGUUCAGAUACGUGUUCAUCACAAUUGCUCUAUGGCUCCCCCAAGUGGUCAAGACCUCGGCACACUUCGUAUAUUCGGAACGUGGGGUCUGGGCCCUGAUCAUGGCGCAGACGACAAUGAACAUCUAUGCCUCAGACCAGAUCUUCAACUACGUCAUGCGUCUGGGGGGCACGUUUGUUGGCGCCGUCGUAGGAAUGGUCUGUUGGUAUAUUGGAUCUGGCCAUGGUCACGGUAAUCCCUACGGCUUGGGCGCAUCCACUGCAGUAUUCCUCUUCCCUAUCAUAUUCCUCCGUAUAUUCGCACCUCCGCAGAAUUUGGUUGCGAUCAUGAUGCUCGGGGCCACGUUUGUACUCGUUGUGGGCUUCUCCUGGAUCGAUGGCAACCUCGGAGGCCUCGUCCAGAAUAUCGGUAUUGGCUGGAGCGUCGCCUGGAAACGCUGGGUCCUUGUCAUGGUUGGUGCCGCCGCGUCGUUCAUCGUGAUGAUGGUCCCGCCCAAGUCUGGUCGGAAAGCUGUCCGUCUCAGGAACGCCACCACCAUCUCCGGGCUCUCCUACCUCUAUUCGCACCUCACUUCACUUUGGCUCGCCGCGGGCGAGCCCUUCGAGGCGUCGCAUCAUCUGCACACAGAAAAGGGCGUCACGGCGCAGCGCCAUUGGCCGGCCGAGCUGCGAGAGAUGAUGAUUGCCAUCGCGCAACAGCUACAGGACCUCAGAGUGAGGACCGUAAUGAGCAAGUGGGAGGGGAACAUUCGCGGGCGUUGGGCGGUUGAGGACUACAAUCGUCUGCUGGACAUCCAGACUGAUAUCUUGUCGAGCCUUGUUCUGAUGGCUGGUGGAUUGUCAAACAUGGACUCGGCUUUGAGGAAGACCGCCUUGCCACAUACGCUUGUCCUGAACCCACAUUUCAUCAGCGAUGUCAUCUCCAUGUUUUUCAUGGUGUCGCAAUCGCUCCGGACGGGCGAGCCUCUGCACGAGGCGCAGUACAAGAACCUCGCCGACCGCCUGCACUAUCACAGUAGCAAUUCCGUCCUAGGCGUCACCGAGGGAAGCCAGCACGCACAAGGGCGGAAGGCCUUGAGACAGUCCAUCACGAGCUACGAGUACAUGUUCUACGCGACUGCCGUUGUGGCCGUACUGCAGAUGUCUCAUAGUCUGAAUGAGCUCCGCACGGUCGUCGCCAACCUUUGCGGCGAGGUUUCGCUGGAAGGCUUCGAGCGUUGGCGGGAGGAGUACGACCGCGUGCACGCCGUCGUCUGA